UCGGCUCCUAAUAUUUUUACGCGUGCAGCUCAUUCAUAUCGUACGGUUUCCGCUCUGCAAAUCCCAUUCCUGUGCAGUUGAAAGUCGGAACGGAAGGUCGAAGCGACGCAACCAUGGGGAAGAAGACGUUCGUGCUCUACCCGUCGCUGGGCGUGGGCCACCUGAUCCCGAUGGUGGAGCUGGCCAAGAACCUCCUGCGCCACGGCCUCGGCGUGGUUAUCGCCGUCAUCGACCCGCCCGACACUGACGCCGUGACGGCGGCCGCGGUGGCGCGCCUCGCGGCCGCCAACCCGACCAUCACGUUCCGCCUCCUGCCGGCCCCGGCCAGCUCCGACCUCGACGCGCACCCGGUGAAGCGCAGCCUGGACACGCUCCGUCUCGCCAACCCCGCGCUGCGAGAGUACCUGCGCUCGCUGCCGGCCGUCGACGCGCUCCUGCUCGACAUGUUCUGCGUCGACGCGCUCGACGUCGCGGCCGAGCUCGGCGUCCCCGCUUACUUCUUCUUCGCCUCCGCGGCGAGCGUCCUCGCCGUGUCACUCAACCUGCCGCACUACUACCCCACCAUACCGUCGUUCAAGGACAAGGGUAAGGCGCUUGUGCACUUUCCCGGCAUGCCGGCGAUCCGCGCGCUGGACAUGCCGCUGAUGGUGCAGGACAAGGAGAGCGACCCGACCAAGGUCCGGCUGUAUCAGUACAAGCGCAUCCCGGAGGGGAGGGGCGUGCUGGUGAACAGCUUCGAUUGGUUGGAGCACAGGGCCCUGAAAGCGCUCGAGAGCGGCGUCUGCGUGCCCGGCCGGUCGACGCCGAGGGUUUACUGCAUCGGGCCACUGGUCAACGACGGCAAGAAGGGAGAUAACAGCGACGGCGAGAGGCACGAGUGCCUUGCGUGGCUGGAUGCGCAGCCGAACCGGAGCGUCGUGUUCCUCUGCUUCGGCAGCAUGGGCGCCUUCUCGGCUGCGCAGUUACAGGAGAUCGCCCGCGGGUUAGAGAGCUCCGGCCACCGGUUCUUGUGGGCCGUUAGGAGCCCACCAGAGGAACAGAGGGAGUUCCCUGAACCAGACUUGGAGCGGCUGCUUCCGGCGGGGUUCUUGGAGCGGACGAGGGACAGGGGCAUGGUGGUGAAGAACUGGGUGCCACAAGCGGAGGUGGUGCAGCACGAGGCGGUCGGCGCAUUCGUGACGCACUGCGGGUGGAACUCCACGCUCGAGGCGAUCAUGUCAGGGCUGCCGAUGAUAUGCUGGCCGCUGUACGCGGAGCAGCGGCUGAACAAGAUUUUCUUGGUGGAGGAGAUGAAGAUCGCGGUGACGAUGGAGGGUUACGAGGAGUUUGUUAAGGCUGAGGAGGUGGACGUGAAGGUGAGGCUGGUGAUGGAGACUGAGGAAGGGAAGAUGCUUAGGGAGAGGCUCGCGGUGGCGAGGGAGAAGGCAUUGGAGGCUAUCAAGGAAGGUGGGUCCUCUGAAGUGGCAAUCGCUGAGUUCAUCAGGUCUGGAGAAGAAGGGCAGCUCUAAAAACGGAGAAUGCAAUUGAUCAAGUUGUAUGACAGACGAACUCCGAAAUGAUGGUAACAAUUUAUAGAAGUUAGCAACUACUUGAGGAUUCAGAUAUUGCAAAUUUUGCCAUCCGCAUAAAUAAAUGAAAAUUAGGAUUUUGCAUCUGUAUCAUGCAACUAUGUCAGUAGAAUUGGACCAGUUGGUUGGGAGCAUGUCAUCAAGCAAUGGCCUACCACACGCAAGAACUCAAUUUGACUGUCAAUUCACACUUUUAUUUUUCUGAA